AUGGAAAGCUUAGGGAAGUUGGGGCAAUGGUCUUUUCUAACUGUUGCUUUGGCAAUUUGCUUAGUAGCCAGCACUGUUGUUGCUGAUUACUCUUAUGAGUAUACUUCACCCUCACCUUCUCACAACUCUAACAAGUACUACAAAUCACCAUCUCCAUCCAACUAUCAUAUGCCCACUCCUUAUUACAAGAAGCCUUAUCUAUCACACUAUUACUAUAAAUCACCAGCACCUUCAAAGCACACUUAUUACAAAUCGCCAUCACCAGCAAAAUAUUACAAGUCACAUGUUCCUUCAAAACAUUAUUACUACAAGUCACCCAUUGUAACCAAGUAUUACAAGUCAUAUGUUCCUUCAAAGCACUACUACAAGUCACCUAUUACAACAAAGUAUUACUACAAGUUUCCAACUCCUUCAAAGCAUUAUUACAAAUCACCUGCUCCUUCUAAGUAUUACUACAAGUCUCCAUCGCCUGCAAAGUACUACAAGUCCCCAUCUCCAACAAAGUACUACAAGUCACCUACUCCAUCAACAAACUAUUACUACAAAUCACCAUCUCCAACAAAAUAUUACAAAUCACCCGUUCCUUCUAAGUAUUACUACAAGUCCCCAUCGCCCGCAAAGUACUACAAGUCACCUACUCCAUCAACAAACUAUCACUACAAAUCACCAUCUCCAACAAAAUAUUACAAAUCACCCACUUCAUCUAAAUACUACAAGUCACCUUCACCAACAAAAUAUUACAAGUCACCAGUUUACUACAAGUCACCUCCACCUCCACCAAAAUACUACGAGAAACCACCAACUUAUUACAAUUCUCCACCUCCACCAUACUACCAAGAAUCUACACCUUCCUAUAAAUCUUCUCCACCUCCUCCAAAGACCUAUGAACAAUCACCUACAUACUACUCACCUCCACCACCACCAUACUACAAAGAAACACCAACCUAUGCCUCCCCGCCGCCACCUGUGAAGUACGAGGAACCUGUCACCUAUGCUUCACCGCCGCCACCUGAGAAGUACGAGGUUCCUCCCACCUAUGCUUCACCUCCACCCCCAUCACCAUCUCCCCCACCACCAACCUAUUACUAG